CGCACGGGCUAUUUCCCAUAUUGAACUUCUACAUAUGGGAUGACUGGUAGUGCUCCUGGGACAAGUACUGAUUGAAAACCAAUACAAGUGUAUUAUUACGUAGCACUGGGCGGACGAGGGGAAAGAUGAUCUGUUCUAAGGACGACACUCCGCCUUUUGUGCACGCGGAGCCUGGUGAUGAGAUCCAUUUCACCUUUGUGGCGAAGAAUCAUACGGUCACUCGGUCUUCUUUUGAAGAACUUUGUUUUCCUCUAAUCUCGCCCGACAGCCACACCAUGGCAUAGAGGCUGGUGACCUGCCUAGGCCUGACACCAGAUUCCGACUCGUCGCUGUCGGUGCUGCCUUCAUCAUGGGCACGACCGAGCUUUGUGGUUCUAUUCGUUCG